UAGACCCGAAAUUGACAAGACGAGUUACGGUCAAGUGUGCUGUGUUGGCAAAUGGGGCAUAUGAAAGUGUUAUUUCAUCAGUUAAUGAACCCCUAAGAGGAAAGGUGUGCCAUCAUGGCUCGUCAUCGAGCAGUACGGUCAAUGAAUAUUGACGAUGAGUUGGAUGAAGAUGAUGAUCACUAUGGCCAUUCAUUUGAAGAUAACUACUGCAUUUCUCCAGCAACAGCUGCUCAGUUUACCUUCAACCGUGAUGAGCACACCAUGGCGUCGUACAUGGUUGAACCAGAUAUCCCGGAAGAAGACAACGAAGAAGAUGAUGAUGAUGAAAAGCUGCAGGAAUUGUCCACAGGAAAGAUAAGGAAGCAGCUAAAUGAUAUUGACACAGCUCGAUUGAAUAGUUGUUUAGAAGAAAUUCACAACGUUCUAGGUGAAACUACUUCUGAACAAACCAUUACAGAAGCAAUCAUUAAAAACAAUUUUGAUGUACAAGCAUCACUCAAUGAACUUUUGACUCAGCAGGGACAAGAUGUACCAAAACCUCAACGGGCUCCACGUUCUAGAAGAAACAGAUCUCAAGGAGAUAGUGAUGAUGAUGAAAUGGAUUGUUGUCCUGAUUUAUCAGCAAUUGGGGAUAUGAAUAACAUUGAUAAGAAUAUGUAUAGUACACAUGAUAAUGGUGUUUCUUCUAAUACUGAAGGCCAGCAACUGGUGACACCAUUAAAAGAUCCAUCAAGGACUGUUGAAAGCAUACAGGGAUUUGUUGGUGAUGUUUCAAAUUCUGUUGCAAAAUUGACUAUUACUCCCAAGAAGCAACCAGUGAGAGGCUUUGUUACAACACCUAACACCUCGCCUGUUAAGGCUGUUAAAAGUGUAGACAAUGGUUUAAAAGGGCAGAAUGCCGGUAUUACUGUGGCAGACGUUACAAGUGAUGUUGCUCUUCCCAGUAGUGAUAGUGCUGUGAACCUACGUUCAGAAACUGACAAAAGUCCAGAUACAAGUGCAACCAGCAUUUCAGUGGUCGAGUCAAAUUCUGCUGUGGAAUCGAGCUUGUACCCAGCAAAAGAUCCAAACUUCAGGCCUCCACUACCCAAGUCAUCUUCAAAAACCAAACCAAGGAUCAAUGUCAAGGAGGAGUAUGCUAAGCGACAAGAUGAAAAAGAACUAAUAAAUUUAGUUGUGAUUGGACAUGUUGAUGCUGGAAAGAGUACACUCAUGGGUCAUCUCUUGUACCAACUUGGAUCCGUGAACAAGAAAGCGAUGCACAAAUAUGAACAGGAGUCUCGUAAAUGUGGCAAGGGAUCAUUCGCCUAUGCUUGGGUGCUUGAUGAAACGGAGGAAGAAAGGACACGAGGUGUGACAAUGGACAUUGCCCAGACCCGUUUCGAGACAACUCACAAGAUAGUGACACUACUGGAUGCCCCAGGCCACAAAGAUUUUAUUCCCAAUAUGAUCACAGGUACUGCCCAGGCUGAUGUUGGCAUUUUAGUGAUUAAUGCCACAAAAGGAGAAUUUGAAACAGGUUUUGAGGCCGGUGGACAGACCCGAGAACACACUGUACUGGCCAGAUCUCUUGGCGUCUCACAGUUGAUUGUAGCUGUGAAUAAAAUGGACACCGUGGACUGGUCGUCUGCCCGCUAUGAUCACAUUGUGCAUAAGAUUGGACAGUUUCUCAAACAAGCAGGCUUCAAGGAAACUGAUAUUUCAUUUGUCCCAUGUAGUGGGUUGGGAGGAGAAAACCUUACAAAACCAGUCAAAGAUCCAUUUUUAUCCUCCUGGUAUGACGGACCCACACUAGUUGAACAGAUAGAUAAAUUCACAUCUCUGGAUCGUCCUAUAGACAAAGCAUUCCGAUUAAAUAUCGGUGAUGUUUUCAAAGGAGUAGGAAGUGGAUUCAGCAUCUCGGGUCGAGUUGGAGCGGGCCACAUUCAGAAUGGGGAUCGAGUGAUUGUCAUGCCAGCAGGUGUCAGUGCUAGUAUAAAAGGUGUAUAUAUUGAUGACGCACCAUCUGGAUUGGCUUUCGCAGGAGAUCAUGUGAUUAUUACUCUCAGUGGACUUGAAAUAAAUAAUGUAAAUAUAGGUAGUGUACUUUGUCAUCCCCUGUCACCAUGUAAGUGCUCCACAAGGAUUCGUGCUAAGAUUGUCAUUUUUAAUCUGGAAGUGCCUCUUACAAAAGGAUUUCCAAUGGUAUUUCACUACCAGUCUAUUAAUGAACCAGCUGUGAUAAAGCGACUUGUUGCUCAACUGAAUAAAACUACAGGAGAAAUUGUGAAAAACAAACCAAGGUGUCUGUUGAAGAACACCAGUGCUGUGGUAGAGAUAGAGUUUGAGCGGAUGGUGUGUGUGGAGCUGUACCGUGACUACAAGGAUCUUGGCCGCUUCAUGCUCAGAUCGGGAGGAGCAACUAUAGCAGCAGGAAUGGUCGAAGAGAUUUUGCAGUCCAAAACUCAAGAUGAACAGUAACAUUUAUACAGAAUGAAAUUUUGCCACAUGUUAUUUAUGCAGAACUUAAAAGAAGAAUGUGUUGAUUGUACAUGUGUGAAAGUUUGUUGGGUUGUUUUUACUAAAAAUCCCAUAUGCAAUAAAUAAGUUGAAAAACCAUCACUGAAACUGUAUCACAAAAUAUGUAAAAUACAUUGUACACAGAUUGAAUAUGUAGUGUAUAGAUUACCAUAAGUUAUACAUUUGAGAUGUAAUAGAAUUAAAAAUGUAUAUUGACCAUAAA